AUGGUCGUGCGUGUUGGAAUAAAUGAUUUGAGAGCCUCUGUCCCGGAAAUUAUGUUUCACUUCUCUUUGCAGCUUCCACAUGUUCCAUUUCCUCAAUGUACACACGUACACACACGCACACACACCCCUCCAACACCAACCUCAAAGCCACAUCGCACACAUUACCCACGCCUGCGGCACCAACCUCAAAGCCACACCUCGCACACACACAUUACCCACGCCUGCGGCACCAACCUCAAAGCCACACCUCGCACACACAUUACCCACGCCUGCGGCACCAACCUCAAAGCCACACCUCGCACACACACAUUACCCACGCCUGCGGCACCAACCUCAAAGCCACACCUCGCACACACGCAUUACCCACGCCUGCGGCACCAACCUCAAAGCCACACCUCGCACACACGCAUUACCCACGCCUGCGGCACCAACCUCAAAGCCACACCUCGCACACACGCAUUACCCACGCCUGCGGCACCAACCUCAAAGCCACACCUCGCACACACGCAUUACCCACGCCUGCGGCACCAGCCUCAAAGCCUCACCUCGCUCACAGACAUUACCCACGCCUCCGACACCAGCCUCAAAGCCUCACCUCGCUCACAGACAUUACCCACGUCUCCGACACCAGCCUCAAAGCCUCACCUCACUCAGACAUUACCCACGCCUCCGACACCAGCCUCAGAGCCUGACCUUACUCGCAUUUCCCAUGCCUCCAACCCCACAAAACCACUGCUCAAGCGUCCAUUCGCCACGCCCUCCACUCUAUUUCCAAUCCAUAAUUCUCGUAAAUAUCAACACCUGCAAAUCCAUCCACAGUUCACAAUUAUCACACCUACAAACACAUUUCCCGUCUGA